UGCAGUCCCAUUGGACGCCGCAGACCCCGCUGCUCCCGUCUGGAGUGGAGAAUAGCCGGAAGAGCAGUCGAACUGGUAACUUGGGCCGGGCCGGGCCGGUGUGCAAUUGAUCUGCCGAUUAAUUUGUCCGAAUGUCUUGAUUGUCACUCUCUUUUGUGCUACUGAAAUACUUUUGUCAUGUUGGAUGUUGGGAAAUGGCCAUUGUUUGCCUUGCUUCCACCACAGGACCUCAACUCCAUUCGCCUAGCCUGUGUCUUUGGAGCAUCUGGUAAUGAAACCCUAUAUGUUACAGAAAAUGAUGAGGUAUUUGCCAUUGGAACUAACUGCAGUGGUUGCUUAGGAACAGGGGAUAUUCAGAGUACAAUCGAGCCAAGGAAAAUUGAAAUUUUGUGUGGCAAGAAGAUUGUUCAUCUAAGUUACGGAAGUGGACCUCACGUGGUACUUACAACUUCAGAUGGAGAAGUUUAUGCCUGGGGAAAUAAUGGUUACAGUCAGCUUGGCAACGGAACAACUACUCAAGGCUUGGCUCCGUGUCAGGUUUCUACCAAUUUGCUCAAUAAGAAAGUAAUUGAGGUGGCCUGUGGAUCCCAUCAUUCCAUGUCAUUGACUUCUGAUGGGGAAGUAUAUGCCUGGGGUUAUAAUAACUGUGGACAGGUGGGAUCAGGGUCUACUUCUAAUCAACCGACUCCGCGAAGAGUGGCCAGUUGCUUACAGAGUAAAGUGGUUGCUACUAUUGCUUGCGGUCAGUCAUCUUCCAUGGCAGUUUUGGAUAAUGGAGAGGUGUAUGGUUGGGGUUACAAUGGUAAUGGACAACUUGGAUUGGGGAGUAACGGCAAUCAACCAACACCUUGCAGAUUGGCAGCAUUGCAAGGAAUACAUGUGUGUCAGAUUGUCUGUGGCUACGCUCACGCUCUUGCACUAACAGAUGAGGGUUUGCUCUAUUCCUGGGGAGCGAAUGCAUAUGGCCAGUUGGGAAGUGGUGUUAAAAGCAACCAGUCUUGUCCAAUCCAGAUCAUGAUGGACAGGGAAAGGGUCGUGGAGAUCGCAGCCUGUCAUUCCACUCACACUUCAGCUGCUAAGACCCAAGCAGGUCAGGUGUACAUGUGGGGCCAAUGCCGGGGUCAGUCAGUCAUCCACCCACACCUAACUCACUUCACUUGCACGGAUGAUGUGUUUGCCUGCUUUGCCACUCCAGCCGUUACGUGGCGUCUCCUAUCCGUAGAAAGUGACAAUCACUUGACUGUGGCGCAAUCAAUGAAGAAAGAAUUUGACAGCGUGGAAACCUCAGAUUUAAAGUUUCUUGUGGACGGAAAGACUAUCCAUGCUCACAAAUCUAUUCUUAAAAUAAGGUGCGAACACUUACGAUCCAUGCUCCAUGACGAAGAAGUGAUUGAAAUUGACCAGUUUAGCUAUCCGGUGUACCGUGCCUUUCUAGAAUACCUGUACACAGACUCUGUCAGUUUACCUCCUGAGGAUGCAAUAGGCCUUUUGGAUUUGGCAGCAUUUUACAGAGAAAACAGCUUGAAAAACCUCUGUGAGCAGACCAUUAAACAAGGUAUUUCCGUGGAGAAUGCCUUCACUUUACUAUCUGCUGCAGUAAAAUACCAAGCAAAGGGGUUGGAAGAAUUUUGCUUUAAGUUCUGUGUCAAUCAUUUGACAGCCGUGACACAAACACAGGGUUUUGGUGAUAUGGACCAUGAGCUCCUAAAGGACUUCAUAAGCAAGGCUGGCAAACAUGGGGCAUUCCGGAACUGAAGCAGCAACUCAAAUAUCCAAAGAAGGACAGCUUCCCUCUGUAUGCAUUUAUACACUGAACCGAGUGGGAUUAACAUGGUGGAAUCUUAAUUCAUACAAUAUUGCUAACCACAAUUAUGGACAGGAAAUGUAAACCAUUAAGGGUUUUAGUGAACAUUUGACCUGUAUACAUGUCAGACUCCUGUGGCAAAGGUUUAAUCAUGUUUGUCAUUGCCAACAAGAAUCAAAUGUAAGUUACUUUUAAAAAUAGUUUACUAACAUGAAAACAAAAGGACAUUUUAAUAACUGGAAAAUAUAUUUAUAAUUUAGAGGAGCAAACUUAUUGUUUUAUUUGUCUUGAGUGUUGUUGUAAUUGGUUUGGGCAUUUUAUGUUAUGAAUAAUAAUUAAAUUCAUCUCAAACUUAUUGCAGUAUUAUAACAGAAUUUUUGAUUUUAAAAGUUACUUUCAUAUUCAAGAAAACUGUAUGCUUAAAGCAUGGAAUGUUUAGUAUAAUCUGUUUAUUUACAUCAAAAACAUAUGGUUAGUUUUGAAAUUGGAUGUUGGUAUUAAGACUAUAUUUAACUUGUUGAAUUAAAAUUAAAGUGGUAUUU